AAUAUUGCAAGAAAUGUGAGCUUUGAGUUAAACCUAGAAGGGGGUUUUUCUUUCUCUUUGAUGGAGUGAUGGGAAAGAACAAGCGCGGCGCCCCCGCCAAGAGCAAGGGCAAGGGCAAGGGCAAGAGCAAGGCGCGGCAAUCAAUUACCAGCAAUGCCAGCGACGACGGCGAUGCGCUGCUCGACGAGGAGAUCACCGCUUUAUCGGCGAUAUUUCAGAACGAUUUCAGCGUUGUCGCGGAUCAUCCGAUCAAGGAGAUCACGAUAAAUCUUCGACCACAUUCUGAGAAUGACAACGAUUUUGCUGCUCAUCUCUUCGUAAGGUGUUUUCCUGGCUAUCCCUGGAAGCCCCCAAAGCUACAAAUCGCAGCGAGUGAUAAAUCGCUGGAAACCGAGUGCCAUAUUCUACACGGAAUGCUGGUAGAACAGGCUGCUUUGUGUGCUCGAGAAGGAAGAGUUAUGAUCUUCAAUCUUGUUGAAGCUGCCCAGGAGUAUUUCUCGGAAUGUCUUGCCAACUUAGCUCAAGAGCAAAAAAAGGAGUUGGACGAAAGCGUCGCACAAAUGUCCGAGCCUCCCAUUGUCAAGGAAUCAGAGCCAGUGAACUCUGAUUUCGUCUACUGUGACUUAUGGGAAAAUAGUGGCACCUGGGAAGGCCCGGACAGUCUUCCCGCUGGACAGACUCCAUUAGAAAAGGAGAUUCCUUCGUCAAGUAUUCCAAACAGACCCGGUUUUCGGAGACCACCAGCUUUAGUUUUACCAGAGCUAAAGCCGCAGGAUUCAAAGCAACAUAUUAAAGGUUUAGAUGCUGAUAAUGAAACCCGCGAAGCAUCGGCAGAAGACGAGCAGUUAUCUAAAGACGCGGCUGUGAGCGAAUUUCUGCUUAAAGCAUUCUCUGGCUACAAGGUGGCGCGAACUACGAGGCAACCGGCUAUGACUUCUGAGGCACUGGGAACCGGAGGCGACGACGACGCCAUAUUUGCCAUUCAAAAGGACUUGAUUCUGGUAUAUCUGCUUCGUUUGGCCUGUGGCAAGAAAGGUCCUCUACCGAAUUCAUUGUCCGAAUUGACUUCUCAAUUGUCACAACUCGGUAUCAUGCCAUCGUGGGCCGAGGACUUGGUUUCUCGUCAACCUCAAAUGUUUCAGGCAACAUUCAAACGUAUUUUUAAGCAGACCGUCGACAAGGAUAAUGUUUCGGAGUUUAAAAGAAAUUUGGAAAGGUUUUGGAAUGCAAGUCCCGAUUUGUUAGGAGAAAAUGAUGGCAAUCUUGCAGCAAUGAAUUCGAGAUACUUGUCUGACUUUGAAGAGCUUUGUUUGCUGGGGAAAGGUGGAUUUGGCCAUGUAGUUUUGUGCAAAAAUAAACUCGACGGGCGACGAUAUGCCAUGAAGAAGGUCAAGCUUAAAGAUGAAAACCCUUCCGACAAGAUCUUGAGGGAGGUUGCUACUCUUUCACGUUUGCAACAUCAACAUGUUGUUCGCUAUUAUCAGGCGUGGUUCGAGACAGCAGCAGGGGGUUCUUCUGGCACUCCCUAUGGAGAAGAAUCUGAAAUUUCGUCAAGCUGGGUCGAUACGGCGGGCUCCUCAAGCAACGAUGUCAACACGGUUUCAACAUUUUUGUACAUUCAAAUGGAAUACUGCCCAAGGACGUUGAGAGAAGUGUUUGACACACGAUCAGUUCUAGACAAGGAGUUGACUUGGGGAAUUUUUCGUCAAAUUGUCGAAGGCCUUUCACAUAUACAUGGGCAAGGAAUCAUACAUCGAGAUCUUACGCCAAGUAAUAUAUUUUUUGAUACUCGAAAUGAUGUCAAGAUUGGUGACUUCGGCCUUGCUAAAUUUGCGGAUCUGCAAAAUCCUGAUCAAGAUCACCGUGUUCCUGUUAAAUUUGAAGCAAACGUAAAGUCACUCGAAGGGACUGGCCAAGUCGGUACCUACUUUUAUAGAGCUCCAGAAAUUGAACAAGCUUGGCCACACAUUGAUGAAAAGGUUGAUAUGUACAGUCUGGGUGUCAUUCUGUUUGAGCUAUGGCAUCCAUUCAGCACAGGCAUGGAGCGUUAUGUCACUUUGAACGAGCUGAAACAGCAAAAUAUUUUACCUUCAAACUGGGCGGCUAAGUUUCCGCACCAAGCAGCGUUGGUACAUUUGCUAGUAUCGCCUCAUCCUCAAGACCGUCCUUCUGCACGGGACGUUCUGCAAUCCGAGCUCUUGCCUCCUAGGAUGGAAGAUAAAGCAUUGAAAGAUAUCCUGCGAACCAUCCACAGUGCCGAUAAUACUUUUGUUUUUGAUCAAGUUAUUGCUGCUUUGUUCGACGAGGAAAAACUAGCUUCGAAGACUGAUAACGAAGCAAACCUUUCGAUUGGUGACUUGGAUCACCUUACGCCUAAAUGGCUGACAGCACAAGAGCUGGUUAUUGGCCUUACUAAAGACGUUUUUACGAGGCACGGGGCCCGCAAAUUUCGAAGCCCAAGCAUGACCGUAGCUUCUGAUGUCAAGACAUCAAACAGAUCUGCCGUCAAAGUUAUUAACUCUUCAGGAACGAUGUUUGAAUUACGUUAUGACACACGUCUUUUAUUUGCGCGAUGGGUUGUCCUAAAUCAGAGCACGUCAUGGAAGCGCUACGAGAUUUCUCAUACUUACAGGAAAGGCGUGGGAUAUCGUGCGCCGAAGGAGUAUCUUCAAGGAGACUUUGACAUAAUCGGCGGUUAUCGUGCAUUAGCCGAAGCCGAGGUCAUCAAGGCAGCUGCCGAUAUCAUUUCCAGGGUGUCGUCUACUGAAACAUGCGAGCUACGUCUUAAUCACCUUGAAAUUCUAGAUACCAUAUGGAGCUGGAGUGGCGUAACCAGACAGCAAAGGAAGAAUGUGGCUCAGAUACUUGGAACUAUGACCUUCCUCCGUCCUCAAUCAGCAGACCGGAAGGCCAGAUGGGUUUUUGUUCGUCGGCAGCUUAUCCAGGGUUUACAUUUAUCCGAAGCCGUGGUAGACAGGCUUCAAACAGCUGAACGUCGCUUCACGGGAAACGCGGAUGAAGUUCUUGCUCGAUUAAGAGGAGCUUUAUCUAAUAGUCCAUCGAGCAUCGAAGCGAUUGAAGAGCUCUCAAGACUACUAAGCUAUUUGAGAAAUUGGCGUGUAGAAAUGUUACUUACGGUCGACGUUUUCAUCGUUCCGAGUGAUUACUACUUUAAUGCCGCGUAUUUUCAGAUAUAUUUUCCUAGAACAAGCUACCCCGGAGCUCAGGGUAUGCUACUUGCCGUGGGAGGCCGCUAUGAUUUACUUCUUGAACACCUCGCUAAGGAUUAUGGAGUACACACUCCACCAGGGGCAGUGGGACUGACUAUUGCUUUGCAAAAGCUGAUCCAUAUUGCUAUGAAAGAUAGUAAAAAUGAAACGGAACCUGCUGAAGUUCUCGUAUGUUGCCGAGGAGGGGGUGGUCUCCUGAAAGAGAGAAUGGAAUUAGCAGACGAAUUAUGGUCCGCAAAUGUCAAGGCGGACUUUGUAUGUGCGAUUGCUCCAAGCCUGACUGAGCAGUACGAAUAUGCGCAUGACAAUGGAAUCAAGGUGCUUGUAAUCAUCACGGAGUCCGGCUUAUCCCAGGGGGUGGUCACGGUUCGCCAUUUAGACUUCAAGUUUGUGGUAGACGUUCCCAGGGAUGACUUGGCUAAAAGCUUGGCGGAUUUGAUUUCUGGCCCCCUGGCCGUGAAAAUGCUACGACAGUCUCUCAUCUAAUCUGAUUUUUGUGAGCUUCUCAAAGUACAGCCUUAUGUGUGCGAAAGUGACGGUGGAUUUCUCAUUGUCGAACAUGAUAUGGUAGCCUUCCUGCAUCACAUUGCCGAUGAUAUUAAUCCCGAUGCUUGCGCUGGACAUGAUAGCGAGACAAGCGACUGAUUCGUUCCACGCUUCGGCAUCGGCUCGACUUGGGACGAUGAUGUAGUUAUCUUGGUGGAGGUUCAUCCAAGCAUCUGGGAAAUGUAGAGCAAGGGAGGGAAAGGUGUAGUCUCUCUGGAGGGAAAUGUUAUAGCACAGGUCUAGGCCUACCGAGGUGCCGUUAACCAGGGGAAGAUUAAUCCGGCGGCUGAAAACACUUAUCACUUGGAUGUACACGCCAAGAGGAAGAAACGUUAGUGUAGUGCCA